CUGCAGGAGCUCCAGGAGCAGCAAGCAACGCUGAAGGCUCUGAGACAAAAGGCUCAGGAACAGCUUAACGAGGCAAGAGCGGCUCAGGGAGUUCUGAUGUCAGCUCACGGCAUCAAUCCAGACAAUAACAUUCAAGAAAGGCUACAAAACCUUCAUCGGUUCUUUGAUGCUAGGCAUCAGCUGGUCCAGGUAGUACAGGGGCUAGACGAGGAGGAGUUGGAGACCUGUGAGAUGCAGAACAAGCUAGAUGAGCUACAAGCAAAAAAACAGCACAUGGACCAGUUGCUUGCUCAGUUCUCUAAUAACGUUUCAGAAGAUCUGUCAGCGGAGGAGUGUGAGAGAGAUGUUGAGAACAAGAUGGCGGAACUGAAUGCAAUGAGAGACACCUUGGCUAUCCUGCAGAGUAACAUUUCAGCUCAGCUUCAGCCUCAGGCUUCUCAGGAGCGAAGUGUGAAGAAAGAGCCUCAGUCCCGUGCGUCUGUGGAGAAGUCCAACACGACUACUGGGCAGACUCUGAUGGCUAAGACUCAGCAGCUCCACGAGGCCAAGGCCAAGCUGCAACAGCUGCAGAAUCUGCUGCGGACUGUGGAGGAGCUGCGGGAGUCAGGCCAACCAGUACCAGACUCUAUCCUGCAGCUGAUGGGCAACUCCCACCUAAGUGACCACAGUUCCAGCCCUACACAUCCUGACAGGUCGGACAUGUCAUCACAAGAACUGAAUGUCACUCAGCCAGUGGGUGAGCGGCUGGUGAACGCAUGUGAGCGCAGUGAACUAUACUCUGAACGUGGCUGUCGCUCACUCAACUCUUGUGAGCGUGAGAGAGUCAACCAUCAGCUGCCUGCCAAUGCUACCAAACACAAUAACCAAGAGGACAAGCUGGGAACAAAGAUGCAGCUAGAGGAACUCUUGCGAAAUCAAGACCUGAACAUCUCACAACCCCUCCAGAGCUCCAGUUUCCAAGAGAACAGCACCACCACAGGCACUUGGGGCAGUUCUACACAAGGCACCAGCACCAUGGAUGACAACUUCAAUCUGGAAUUUGCAGGGGACCUGAACGAAUCAGCCAGCAUUAAGAAUGCCACCGGAGCUGUCCAGCCUCACAAUGUUUGGAGGAAACCUUCCACAGGGAGUGGAACAUCACGACUCAGUUGGACAUCACCAUACGUACCGCAGGACGUGAGGAGGCAACAGCACUCGGACACAGGAGCUCGGCCACGCACCUCACCACCACCUCCUCACUCCCCACCUACAAACUCGGCCACACCCAGCGGCAGACACAACCCUUCAGCCUGACAGCCAUUGGGUUGUUCAGCAGAUCAGUCAGUUGCAGAACCAGCUGCAGCAGAUGACUGGGCUUUACAAGAACUUUGUGGAGAAGCAGCACAACUGCCCUCCCCCUGGAUGGGUCCCUCCAAC